GUUAUUGAUUAGAUGUAUAGAAAAUUUUGUUUUAACUGACCUGUGCGUGCGUGCGUGCGCGUGUGUUUAGUGAGGACGAAACAAGACCAAUAACAACAACGUGAAAUUCAUAAGAGAUCAAUUUUGAUUGUAUGAGAAGUUCUCCAGUGUCUUGUCAAUUUUGUUUAUGAAUCAUCGACGCACCAAGACAUAAAGGUCCAAUGGAGUUAUUGCAAGCAUCAGCAUGUGUGAUAUUGACAGUGCUUCAUGCAGUUUCUGCGCAGACCACUGACACCCCUUCAAACUCAUCAAUCUUCGAAGAAGCUCUUAAUUCCACAAACAACAGUUCGUCUGCCGUGAUUUCCUCUGACGAUGACACUCUAACUACCGAGAUUACCGUAACGAAUGACUCAGCGGCGACAAAUGUUACGGACUGGGCAACGAAUGGGAUCGAAAAUGACACCGACUCCAGCCUCAACCAGACAACCACCACAAUGUUACCCACCACAGUCACGAGUAAAACGACACUGAGCAGUACAACCUCAACAAGCACUCAAGCUCAAACCAGCUCGUCUAUACAGGAGAUAGUGAAUACCACUCUUCGUACUGAUAGCACAACUGCUAAAGGUGGCAGCACUACACUAAUAGGCUGCAUAUAUUUGAUGGUCUUAUCAGCGGUGGUGCUAGGCUUCCUGUAGCAAUCUUCUCAGACAACUCUCAGGGGAGAUCAUUCAAGAAGGACACAUUCACGUCUGCUGUUUUGAUAUUCUAAUUGAAAAAAGACAACUAUCUCACGUGAAACUGACAGUCUACAUUAAUUUUUUCCGUAACAGCAUUUCUCAAUUCUUUAUGACCAUACUGUUGAUAUCAAUAAUACUUUGUUUUACUCGAUUGUGAUAUAAACACAUUCCGAUUUCUCUGAUAAAGCAUGUUGAGCUGUAAAUUAAUUUAUUUCAUUAAACCAAAACAUAAUAAUUUGAAGUCCAUUUCCCAUUCCACACUUCUAUACCUUCUUUUUUUUUACAUCACAGUGAGUAUAACUGUGCCUGAGAUUUAGUUACAAUUAACUACUAUAUAGACGGUAACACACAAAUGGUCUAGGAUUUUCUUCAUUAUAUUUGGUAUAUUUAUCUGCUUAAGGAAAUAUCUGCCAAGUAUUAGGGGAAGUUAAUCUUAUUAUUGUCUGUUCUGGUCAAUACACAAUUUAUACAUAUAUCUAGAUCUAAACACCAUUCAUCAUUUUUUU